GAGCAGAAAGGUUUCUUAAUAUCCAGAGGAAAUUGUUACACAUUCAGCCCAGAAACACUCCCAGACUACAGAAUAACUUCUGUUUGGGAAAACAGUGUUUUUGGGCAUGUCUGAUACUUUUUAAUGUAUAUUCUUCAAUAUAGCCUUUAGGUUAAAAUUGAAGAUGGUGUUUUUACAGUCGUUUACUAGACAAAGUACAUGGAGAAGCCUGUUUAAUAGAAAAGGAAUGUGACAUGGACUUCAAGCUGUUCGGAUAAGGCGUGGAACCAGAACUAAACUUCAGCUAUGGAUUGGAGUCAGAUGUUGCAGAUCUUCCUCUUCUCACUCAUCUGUCUCACUGGCAGCUCCAAGGCUGUAGGAGAGCUCUGUAAGGACUAUGGACGAGAGUUUGAGCGGGUCUUUUCAGUCCCGGGUGAUGCCGCCAUGUUGACAUCCACCCUGUUGGCCCCCAACGUGUUCAACUAUCACACCGUCCCCUAUAACAUCUCAUGGUACGACCCAAGGACUGGGAGAAAGCUGACCAGCGAGACGGGAAAAACAUUGGUGCAGGGGAAGACACUGUGGAUGUUUAACAUUGAGAUGGACGAUGCUGGAGACUAUGUCUGUGUUGUGAGAACUCCCUCCCAGUGCUACAAGCAGGCUACCUUACUGAUUGUGAACCAGAUCAACCCAGAAGAAUGCGGUCGACCACAGAAUGAGGUUGAACAGGUCCUGACCAAUACAGCCAGCGCUUUCCUGUCCUGCCCAUUGAGUGACCAGAUCAGGAAAGUGGACAAUUACUCCAUCCAGUGGUACAAGGGAUGCGAACGCAUUGUGGAAGAUGACCCAUUGUGGGACAGGUUUACCUAUGUCAGUGAUGGCCAGAAACUCUUAGUAGCUCAGGUCAACCCUGAAGACCAUGGGUUCUACACUUGCACCAUGACCUUUGACCUGGAAGGGCUCAGCGGCAGGAUUUCAGAGACUUUUGUGGGUACGGUGAAAAAGGAGUAUUGCCUUGUCCCCAAAGUGGUUGAACCUGCUAAUAAGAUCAUCAAAGCAGAUUUGGGCUCUUCCUUCAGUAAGAUGUGUCGGGUGUUUGUGCUGAGUGUGGGGGGACAAUGCGCGGACUUGAAUUGGAUAGCUAGAGAUGACAAUAUUCCCGAAAAUGUCUCAGAGCGAGUCUUUCAGGAAUCACAAAGCGAGUGGAGAGAAGAAGAGAAGACGGGUGUGUGGAUUGAGCGUCAGUUGAAUUUCUUGGAGGUGGAAGAGGAAGACUUUUACAUUGACUACACGUGUCAGACCUGGAGCGACAGAGGCUAUUAUACAGCCUCCUUCACACUCCACCCUACAGAUCCAAACUACCUGCUCCCUAUUGGGGUACUACUGACGAGUCUGGUAUUGAUGUUUACUGUUAGUGUUGUUAUUUACCAUCGCUUCAAGAUUGACAUAGUGCUGUCGUUCAGGAGGAUGUUCCCGUUUCUCUACACAAACACAGAGUCUGAUGGAAAGCUGUAUGAUGCAUAUGUGGCGUAUCCCCAUCUUUCUGGGAGCGUGGCCAGUGGGGAGGUGGAAAUGUUUGCCCUCCACACAUUGCCCCAGGUUCUCGAGGGGAGGUGUGGCUACAGGCUCUUUAUUCUGGGCCGGGACAGCCUACCAGGGGACGCCGUAGUAGAUGCUGUGGAGGAGAGCAUGUGGGCCAGCCGGCGUCUCCUCCUUGUCUACACUGGCUCUACGUUCUGCAGUGGAGGUCAGAGUGACAGCAGCAGCAGCGAUGUCCUGGAGGCCUGGAAGAGCUUUGAGAGGCAGAUGGCUAUGCACCGUGCACUGCUGGAGGGUUCCCUUAAGGUGGUUCUGGUGGAGCUGGAAGAGAUCACCCCCACACAGCUCGCCUUCUUCCCCGAGUCGGUGCGCCACCUCCGGGAGCGCCAGGGUGCUGUCUGCUGGUGGAAGAGUAGCAGGACUAGGAGGACCAGAGGGUUGAGGUGUGGGAGGUGGGGGGAAGAGGAGGUGAAGGAGAAGAGAGGGGCUUCGCCCUCUUUCUCCUCACCCUCUCUUUCCUCAUCCUCACACUUCUGGAAGGAACUGAGGUAUUAUAUGCCUGUGAGGGGCAAGAGGACAAAGUGUCCAGAGAAGAACAGUCUGUUGAACAUCUGAAGGGAUAGAUGGGCUGUUGGGAGAGGACAGUGUUGACAUGUUAUGGAUGGAUGUUCAAAUGACCAACGUGAGGAGGAAAUCUGUUGAAUGAAAGAUCUUCUGAUACCAUGGAGAGUAUAAAAUAACACUUGGUAGUGACCAUAUUGGCAGAGCCAGUCAUACACGCAUGCACGUAUGCUCACGCACACACGCGCACACACACAUUAUGGAACACUACUACCAUGUUGUACAUACACACCAAAUCUGUGUGAGAGCUUUAAUAAAGAUUUCACAGUAUAUUCUA